UUUAUUAAAUUCAAAACAUGUUGAUUGCUUACGGACAAACAAUGCUACUUCACAACGAUAAUGAUCGAAUCAACGGGACAACUACCUCUUUGGUGGAUAUUUUCAAUAACACGUAGACAUUUUUAUUAAGAUAAACAGCUUUUGUGCAUCAGUACUUAAUAUUUGUAUUUGACAGGUGAACUAGCUUGCGAUCUCCACCGACUCGGCUAGAACCCGUUUUCUCUUUUGAGAUAUUCACUUUUCGAGCUACUGAUACACAAUCUCAAUAAAAAUGUUUGUCCACAGGUAGUAGACAUGCGCUGGGGCGUCCGAGAUGAGGCCACCGACGAUCACAUGACCACAGAACUUUGUAUGCGGGAAAUCAAGAAUUGCCAGCGGCUGUCCAUGGGUCCGAACUUCGUGGUGUUCUUGGGCCAAAAAUAUGGAUACAGACCAAUACCGACAUACGUCCUAUCGUCAGAGCUGCAGAUGCUCCGUGAUGAACUGGCAGCUGGAGGCGUCGAUGUCAUACUUCUGGACACCUGGUAUAAAAAGGAUUCGAACGCUGUACCUCCGGUGUCUGUAUUGCAGCCUAUAUCUUCCAUUUUGAUUAAUUUCAAUAACAAGAGAGUCCCCAAACUCCAAGCUGAAGACCAGGCGGUCUGGUGGGACACACUAGCAAAGAUGCAGAAACUGUUCCGUAAAUCCGCACUACAACUGUACAACACUGGAAAAAUGGACAAGGACGCCAUGCAUAACUAUUUUAUGUCAGUUACGGAAAGGGAAGUCAUCAACGGCGUCCUCAACGUGAAAAACACUAAGAACCAUUGCCUGGCCUACGUGCGGUACAUCAACAACAUCAAUCUUCAGAACCUGAAAAAGGCCAGCAAUUUCGUGGACAUCCUCAAUAGAAGUCUUGACACUGAAGCCUCUAAGCUAUUAGCUGAUCUUCGGGAUGUGAGGUUACCGGAGAAAAUUGAGACUACCAAUAUACAAAAGUAUACAGUAGAAUGGAUAGGCCGUGAAGGCCUAGAUAAUGAAACGCACGCUGAGUAUCUCAAUCACUUCAUUUCCCAUUUCUACAAGAAUAUCAUAAAACUGGUGGACAGGGCAAUGCGCAAAGAAGACAGCAGCGCUCAAGGUCAAAUUGUUACCGAAAUUCUCCAACAUCUCCAUGCUUGCAACAAUUCAGUGAAAGUCUUCCACGGCAGAGAGGAUGAUCUCAAAUUUAUCGAGAAUUACAUGAAGGACAACUCUGAUAAACCCUUAGUUUUAUAUGGAGAAGGAGGUUGUGGUAAAACAAGUCUAUUAUCAAAAAGCGCCGCAAAGUGCCUGAGCGACUGGUUCGCAGAUGUUCGUCCGACAAACAUCGUCAGAUUCUUGGGUACUACUCCUGACUCCAGCGCUUUGACUCCCACACUAAUUUCAAUUUGUCAACAGAUCUCCUACAACCUAGCUCUCCCAUUCGAAACUAUCCCCGAUGACCUGGUACCCCUAACAGCUCACUUUAAGCAGCUCCUAACCAUGGCUUCUCAGCAGCAACCAUUACUUCUGUUCUUGGACUCUGUGGACCAGUUGACAGGAAUAGGAACUGAGAAUAACAAGGUUUCUUGGCUGCCGACUAGAUUACCACCGUUCUGUAAGAUUAUUGUAACUUGUGCUCGCGAGGAAGCAAAUCCAGAAGUAUCCAAAGAAUACGAAGUACUACGCAGGAUGAUUGAUUCUGAAGAGAAUUUCCUUGAAGUGACAGCUUUAGGAGAGGACUUGGCAAUGCAAGUGUUAAAGCUCUGGAUGGCAUCAGCAGCUCGUGACUUAAGCAACUACCAAUGGCGCCUGGUUUCUAACGCGAUUGGGUCGUGCUCUCUCCCAAUUUUCGUUAAGCUGGUCUUCGCUGAAGUCUGCAGAUGGAGGAGUUAUACUAAACCCACUGAUACGCAUUUAGCUUCCACUGUCAUGGACUCAAUUAUGAUGCUGUUCGAGAGAAUUGAGAAACAGCACGGCCGUCUGCUAGUAUUCCACGCCCUAGCCUACAUAACUGCAGCCCGUAGCGGUCUCUCAGAGACAGAACUCGAAGAUCUAAUCUCUCUUGACGACAAAGUACUGGACGAUGUCUAUCAGUACCACUUGCCACCUGUGAGGAGAAUACCUCCACUUUUGUGGACUAGGAUCCGUAACGACCUCCCCAAUUACCUAUCUGAGCGAGAAGCCGACGGUGUCUCCGUGAUGAAUUGGUACCAUCGUCAAUUCCGUGACACUGCCAGGGAGAGAUACUUCAAAAAUAUGAACAUGGCAAUGUAUUUCCAUUCUAUGAUCGCUGACUAUUAUCUUGGCAUUUGGGGAGGUGGCACACCAAAACCUUUCAAGUACACCGAGAUUCAACGGCAUCGCUUCAACCUGGCUGACAGAGAAGGCGUGGCUGAUAGAAAGGUCCCCAUGCAGCCAUUGGUUUUUACUUCUGCUGAUGGGUGUAUGAAAAGAUACAACUUGAGAAAGUUUGGCGAGCUUCCCUUCCAUCUUGUCAGAUCCAAGCGCUUCACAGACUUGUACGCUGAAGUACUGUUCAACUACGAGUGGCUUCACGCAAAGCUUAACUGCUGCCCUUUGCAGGCUGUGCUGGCGGACUUUGAGGACGCUAAGUUGCAUGUUAACAAAGACGCUGUAAGAGAACUGAUGCUGGUAGCAGAUGCCCUUCGGCUAGGAGGGGCAAUUCUCGGCCAAUAUCCAGACAUGCUGGCUCCUCAACUCGUCGGACGACUUUUGCCUGAAGCCCCUCACAAUCCAGCCGUAGCUUCACUAUUGAAACAAUGCAAUGAUAAGGGAAAGAACCAUUGUGCGUUACUGCCUUCCCAUCACUGUUUGCAUACUCCUGGUGGACCCCUGAAGUAUUCUUUAGAAGGUCAUCAGUUCGCAGUCUUCGGGUUUCGUCUCAGCUCAGACACCCGUUACGUGGUUUCCAUCUCCAGCCGAGUCAUCUCCUGGGAUCUAUCCACAUCAGACCUGGCACGAGAUCUGUGUCCACAACUUGAAGGCAUCAUGCAGAAUUUGGAACUAUCGCCAGAUAAUAAAUGGGCUGCUGCCAGCACUAAUAAUUCUGUGUCAAUGCUGCUUAACAUGCUGACUAGCGAAUACAUUACUAUCGACAACCCUCUUGAUGAAGGGGAAACAGUUCGAGGAGUGUAUGUCCUCAAUCACAACAUGAUCAUCUAUGGCCCCAACUCCUGGGUGCAGUACAAUAUGCGAGGAGAACACCAGGAGACACAUCCUGCACCCGAGACCACGCCUUAUGAUGAUCAUUGGGAAAUACUCUCAAUGGAGUUCACCGACCUGGAGAACUAUAUCCUAACCAUGUGGAGCGGCGAUCUCGAUGACGACAGAAUGCUCAUCUUCUUCUGCAAAAAUGGCAAUUAUAUGAAGCCAUUGAGAUGUCGAGGAGCCUUUGCUAUGAAUAAGACUUGGAGCAGGAUUUACACCAGUGAUCCUGAGAGGGGAUAUCAGGUAACUAUAUUCGAACUUGAAGAAGAGAAAUGUUCCUGGGAGAGAGUACAAGAACUUAAUCAUAAAGAAACAGAUACUGCAGAAGCCAUGCUACAAUUGAAAAGAGGAAAACAGGACCGGAUGUUGCUUGCAACAACAACAUAUAGUUUUGUGGUAUGGGAUUUCGAACAUAUUAUCCCGAGAGACAAACAUGAGGAAGAAAAGAAAAAGAAGAACGACGAAGACGAAAAGAAGGAUGAAGAAGACAAAGAAGAGGAAGAAAAAGAACCUGAGCCAGAAAAAGAUUAUCGCUUCGAAGGCAUAGUGUUGAAGCUUCCACACACUAUCAGGAACAUUUCGACCAAGAUGACACAGUCCAAUUCUUUUAUGAUCAGCAACAACAAUCAGUACGCUGUUGCUGGUGUCAGAAAAAAUCUCUACGUUUGGAGUCUCGAAACAACAAAACUGAUCAAAAUCCUCGAUGCCCAUUUCGGAAGGAUAGUCCAACUGGAACCAUUAACAGUCGGAACUUGGAACAACGUUAUUACUUCUUCCAUCGAUCGGACUGUAAAAAUUUGGAACAUAGAUAACAUCUUUGAACAGGUCCAUAAAAUUGACAGACAGGAAUUGCCUAUUGAUUCUAUCAGUCUGGCUCGGGACAAGCAACUCGCAGUCACAGUCACUAGAAGUUGCUGGGGCCUCUGGGAUACCAGCACUGGAAGGCUUCUGGCUCAACUUGCCGAUGCGCCUCUUGGAGCUAUUGUGACCCAUGCUGUGAUCACUCCGACGGGAGAAAACGUGCUCACUGCUGAAUCUGGGAAUGUUGUCAUAUGGGAUUUGGUAGAAAAACAGGUAAUAUACAAAGAAGAACAGAAGGGAGUAAAACAGCUAUUACUCCUAGAAGAGGGAACCAAAUUUAUUACAAUAUCGAUGCAAGGUUCGAAUGAUAACGUUGAUAGUAUCACCGUGGCUCAUAUUGUUGCUAGGACUGUCCCUGAUGGAGAAAGAAUCUAUAUAGCAGAUUACGAAGUACGAGGCACGCUAUUCCGUGCAGCAGUGGUCACUGCUGAUGAACAUCAUAUCGUCGCUCCAGGAGUUGACAAGUCGUCGAGAGAUUGUCUGCAUGUGUUCCAUGCUAGGACUGGCGCUAGGUUGCACAGGAUCCCGAUAAAGAACAGUGGUAUAAAGGAUAUGCAAUCGAUUGUGGCCCUGCCACACAAACCACUGUGGGUAGCUGUUAUUGGUAACGACAAGGCUGGUAUUCUCGAUAUCAAAACUAAGAGGCACAUCAGAUUUGUACCACGUUGGAACGGCUCCUGUACACGCGACGGCAAAAUUGGCCUAUGUGCUCCCACCCGCGGUGGCCUUGAACUUAUAGAACUGAAGCGUGGAACCACAGUUCAACCAUUAAUCUCCAGAGCGGCUGAGGGUGUCUUCUCCAUUAUUACCAUGUUCAGUUCGACGGACCAGAAUGUGUUUUAUUAUCAUAGUGGGAGGAAGACUUUGAGGGUUUUUAGGACUAUAGACGGCAAAGCAAUAGCUGAAUAUCGUGCUCCGGCAGAAGUGACCGCCGUCGCAAGCGCACACGGCGGGAAGGCAGUCGUUUUAGCGGGCCAAGAUGGCUGCCUUACUAUUUUAAACAUUGUCGAUCCGUACGAAUGAAAUACGUAACAUUGCUUAACGGAUAUUCACAACAAAUCUAGGAUGUUUCCUUAAUAUAAAGAACUGUAGGUGAAAAAUUCCUUCUCGUAUUUUACCCUCUCUUUAUAGGCGUCUCAUGCCCAAUACAAUUUCACUAUUACUAGCAUAGACUGUAGAGAAUUUAAAAAAUGUAGUUUGUCUGAUCUUUCGCUGGAAUUUGGAAUGAUAACAGAA